UAAAGAAGACAAUUUUUAUGAUUUUUGUCAUUACAAAACUCAUUUUGUACACAAAGGACUGAUGAGAUUGACAAAAAGAGUCGUUUCCCUAGUGUGAGAUUAUGGCUGACCUAAAUGAUACCCUGAACCAGGCUCUCCGUGCAGUGCAGCAAUUGCGUAAUGCGGUCACCCAUGUUGUGGAAACAUUAGCACAAGGUGUGGAGCCAAGCAAAGCUGAUGUGGAGAAAGACAAGAAUAAAGUCUUCUUAACAAAUCUACAGCAAUCUCUUCUGGGCGUCAAUAAACAUUUCAGUGAGCUUGAGAAGUAUUCCAAUGCAGCCACACCAAUGGGACCCACCCUGACCGCUGCUAACAGUUACUUCAUCACCCUGGACCCUGUCAUGGACAAGACACCGUUAUUUACACAACUUCAACAGUCUUACAAGUGGUGGAACAAGGCGCAGGAGUUUGCUGGUCACACCAUGGCUAUUUUGAAUCAAAACCUCUUGAAAAGAUCGAACCAGAGUGGACUGAUGCAUGGGAAAAGAUUUAGGAAAUCACCAUCUCAUAUGUUUCCUAACCAAGUUGUAGACCUCUUCAUACAGAAUCUUGACCGAUUGUUCCCCGAUAUGUCAGUCCAGCUGACACGUCCAAUGGGAAACUCAGCUGUCCUGAAGAUAACCCUUGAGACAACCUUCCAAGCCAUUGUGGUUUUACGAGGUGUCAUCAUUGAAUCUGUGGUAGUGAAAGCUUAUGGAGAAGACUCAUUUUGUGACAAUCCAAAGGAUGAAAUCUGGACAAAAUCUCGCUACCAAGUCUUCCAGAAAGUGACAGAGCAUGCCAACGUGGCAAUGAUUCAUUUCUUCUCACCACAGAUGCCAGAUUUAGCAUUGAAAUCUUUUAUGACUUGGUUACACAGCUACAAGACUCUCUUCACAUCGCCGUGUAAAAAGUGUGGUCGCUAUCUACAGGAAGGACUACCGCCAUCUUGGAGAGACAACAGGAGUCUAGAGGCAUAUCAUGAAGGAUGCCGACAGUAACAGACAUUUAUGAAAAUGAUGUUUACAAAACAGGGCUGAAAGUGUAUUCAUUGUAAGGGUCAGUGCAAACUUUUGCUUGAAAUUAUGGGUGUCAGUUUGUUUGGAAAGCAACUGGCAGUACACCUGAUUCCGUAAAGGUUUCCUGUGGCGAGUGUAUGCAUUUAUUUUAUAAAAAGAUCAUUUUGUAUAAAAACCUGCAAGAACAGUGGUCAGAUUGUUCAUGUAAUGGUAUGUAUUGUAAUAA